ACCAUCUGGACUAUUUAUUUCUGUCUUCCCAAUGGAGACAAAGUGAGAUGUCAGAUGCUGAACUCUCUAACCUGCUUAAGUUUUUACACCUCUCCCAAAUGAUGCUCCUAUAAUGGUAGCCAUUGAAAGAGAGGAGGGAAGGGAGCACUCCCUUAAGGACGGAGAGCCUCUCGUGACUACAGACCUAAUUUGGAAAGGCACGUGCUGUGGGCUCACAGCUGCUCUGUUGGUUCAUCGCUUCAGCCUGGAGUCGUGAAACAAGAUCACAAGAGACUUUUCCAGGUUUGCUGGGAUGGGAAACCUGCUUAAAGUCCUGACCAGGGAAAUUGAGAACUAUCCACAUUUUUUCCUGGAUUUUGAAAAUGCCCAGCCCACAGAAGGAGAGAGAGAGAUAUGGAACCAGAUCAGCGCUGUCCUCCAGGACUCGGAGAGCAUCCUUACCGACCUGCAGGCUUACAAAGGCGCCGGGCCCGAGAUCAGAGAUGCAAUUCAAAAUCCCAAUGACAUUCAGCUUCAAGAAAAAGCAUGGAAUGCGGUAUGCCCUCUGGUUGUGAGGCUAAAGAGAUUUUACGAGUUUUCCAUACGGCUAGAGAAAGCUCUUCAGAGUUUAUUGGAGUCUCUGACCUGUCCGCCCUAUACACCAACCCAGCACCUGGAACGGGAGCAGGCCCUGGCAAAGGAGUUUGCAGAAAUUCUACAUUUUACCCUUCGAUUCGAUGAGCUGAAGAUGAGGAACCCAGCUAUUCAGAAUGACUUUAGCUACUACAGAAGAACAAUCAGUCGCAACCGCAUCAAUAACAUGCAUCUAGACAUUGAGAAUGAAGUUAAUAAUGAGAUGGCCAACCGGAUGUCCCUCUUCUAUGCAGAAGCCACACCAAUGCUGAAAACUCUCAGCAACGCCACGAUGCACUUUGUCUCUGAAAACAAAACCCUGCCAAUAGAGAACACCACAGACUGCCUCAGUACAAUGACCAGUGUCUGUAAAGUCAUGCUGGAAACUCCGGAGUACAGAAGCAGGUUUACGAGUGAAGAAACUCUGAUGUUCUGCAUGAGGGUGAUGGUGGGUGUCAUCAUUCUCUAUGACCACGUGCACCCUGUGGGAGCGUUCUGCAAGACAUCCAAGAUUGAUAUGAAAGGCUGCAUAAAGGUAUUGAAGGAACAAGCUCCGGACAGUGUGGAAGGGUUGCUGAAUGCCCUCAGGUUCACUACAAAGCACUUGAAUGAUGAGUCGACUUCCAAACAGAUUCGAGCAAUGCUUCAGUAGAGCCCCGCUCCAAAAAGAGGAUCUCUGUGCUGACCUCAGAAGAUGUAUAUGUUUACAUAAUUUAAUACAGAUUGAUGUUAAUACUUGUGUAUUUACAUAACCAUUUCCUUCUUGUCACUGAAAUAUAUGGACCAUAAUUUGUAUCCUGACUGACUCAACCCAGCAGAGCAUAAAUUGACUUGAGAGCC